CAUUCAUUCCACCCCAUUUUCUUCGUCUUCCAAAUUUAACUGGGAAAUACAAGCAAUAUUUGGUUCAAAAUAUAUAUUACACCAAAUCUUGAAUUAAUUUUUCAACAAUGGCCAACCCCAUUCACAAAAAUAAUAUUAAUGCAGUUUUUGUUCUGGGGAUCGUAUGUGUGAUGCUGUUGAUACAGAAGAGUGGUGCAACUGACUUUGCAAUUGGAGGCUCAAAGGGUUGGGCUGUUCCAGAUUCUUCUACUCACUACAGUCAAUGGGCAGAAGGAAACAGGUUUCAAAUCGGAGACUCCAUUGUGUUCAACUACCCUAGUGGACAAGACUCAGUGCUUCGAGUAACCCAGGAUGACUACAACAACUGCAACACUGAUUCGCCUUCGGCCGAGAAGUACUCUGAUGGCCACACUGCCUACCAGUUUAACCAAUCUGGACCGUUCUAUUUCAUCAGUGGGAACAAAGACAACUGUCUCAAAAAUGAGAAGGUGCUAGUGAUUGUCUUGGCAGACAGAAGCAACAGAAAUGCAACUCCUCCUUCACCUUCAAACUCAACAGAUAUGACCCCAUCUCCUGCUCCCUCUGGUGAAGCGUCUCCACCUCCAACUCCAGCUCCUGUAACACCUCCUCCACCUCCGAAUGCAGCUUCUUCAAUUUUCAUGAGUUUUAUUGGGUCCGUCGGAGCAUUUGCUGCAUCCUCAACACUGUUACUACUCUAACGGGAUUGGAUUCCUUAAGUAUAAAGCUUCUUUUCCUUUGAGAGUUUCCUUUCUUUUUAUUACUUGAUUUUUUUCCUUAAAAGCUCGGUGUAUAUGUUUGUACUGGUGCUUGAUAUUUGUUUCAUACUCAUUUGUAGUGUGCUUGUGAGACUCCAAAAUAAAGGCCAAUAUUGUAGAUAUAUGCACAAAUAAAUAAAUUGAUUGAUUUUACACGGUGCA